AUUCUGAAAAAUUUAAAAGCAUAUUAUGUUAUUAUGGAAAAGCUCUUACUGAUGCAUUGUAUGACUAUCAACACCGGCAGCACAAAGAUGUUUUAUAUGAUCCCAAUGAAUUUGUAGCGAUGUUAAACAAUUAUAAUUCAAAUCUGAAAUCAUUCUUUGAUGCAAUAGUUGAAAUGACUAAUCCGAAAGAAAAAAGUAAUGAAACCAAUGAAGUUAACCAAUAUAAAGUUGUUGGUAUUUGCUAUGAACUUGCUGGAAUGCGAAUUGAUGCAUUAGCUACUUUAGGUGUUACUGCAUCAUAUAAAGUAAUUGCAACAAGAAAACAAAAAUUAUUAGAAACACGAGAUUCAGAUCUCAAAUAUAUUUUAAAGAUCAGAUAUGCGCAUUUUUUAAAUGUUGAUGACUACCAUGAUAUACAUGAAAAGCGAAUGCCUAAUGUGACUUCACUUCACACGAUAAAUCAUAUGGCUACUAUUUGUGUUAAUUUGUCAAAACAUUGUAUGCUAAUUCCAUAUUAUUUAUUAUCAGGAUAUAAUAUUCACAAUCCUGAAUUUAUUGAUGCUAAUAUUAUAAUUUCAAAGCUUCGUAUAGAAUAUAUGCAAGUUUUUAGUACAAGUUAUACUGAUCGAAAAAAAGAGUGGAAUAGUAUUCAAGAAAUUGCAAACUUACCUGAUAAUACAUUAAUUGAUAGUUUAACAGUUCAUAUAUAUGAUUCAGAUAUAGCAGAGCACAAAGAAGAAAGAAACUUCAUUCAAUGGAUGCUUAUUUAA